AAUAUCCUAAAGGUGUGGGAGCUGGUGCCAAAAAGGCAGCACAAAUUUUGGAAGAUUGGCAGGCAACUGGUAGACUGAUGUGUUAUUGCUGCUACAACACUAGUGGUCUGAAGAGUUGCACAGUGACAACCGAAGAGUUUAGUGGUAGUUUAUCAACAGAUUAUGCAGUGUUACUAUUGACAAGCCAAGAGCUCAUCAAAAAUGUGAAAAGCUCUGCAGAGGUUAAAAACUUCUGGGAAAAUAACAUAGUUUCACAAUGUAGAAGGAAAAUUUGGACAAUAGAGUCUUCUGAUUGGGACUAUUUAUACAAUCAUGAUAAUGAACUAAAUAAUCAUGUUGACAUAAUUAGGAAAAAAAGACAAAUGCAAUUGAUGACUGAAGAUCUUAUACAUGGACAAUACAAAGAUUUUGUGGAUGCAAUGGACCAGCACAGUGGUGAUAGAGUGGCUGCAGAAAGCAAUAAUAAUCAAUUCACAGAUACUAUUUUAAAACCACUCCCCAAAGAAAACAAUUCUAAAUUAUCCAAUCGCUUAUCACUUGAAAGCAAUUAUUCUACAUCAUCAUCUUAUCACCCACCUGAGUCUGAAGAGAGUGAUGAUUCAGAGAAUGAAGAUUAUGUUACAAGUCAAAAAAACAAAAAAAGCAAAUAUGAAGUAGAUUGGUUUGUUGGUCCAGGUACUAAGGAGGUGGUUUUUGCAGAAGGGGCUAAACAGUCAUCUGUUAACAAGGCUUCCACACAUACUAUUGAUCUCACCUUUGCUGAAAAAUUGUGUGUUGUUUUUAUUGGAUUUCUUGGAUUUAAAAUUUUUCUAUAUCAAUGUGGUAGAUCAUUAAAUCACAUUUAUUUGUUUGAAGAGGAAGAUACCAUUUUUGGUGUUCGUGAACAGUUUGACUCACAAUUAUGGAGUUCACUAUUUAAGGAACUUAGAGAAGAUUUUACUGUUACACACUUAUCAGAUGAUGAAAUCUUGAAAUGCAAUCAGAUUGCCAGGGCAGCAAGAAAGAACAUAAAGGAAUCCAAAUCAUUGAUCAGGGAUUUGUGGAGCACAGUUAAGGAUGAUGAUGUCAUUUUGAAAGUGUAUUAUGUAGUUUUAAAUCAGCUUUCUUUAACAAGAAGUGUAAAUAAUCUAAAUGAAGAUACAUUUUCUCAUAAUCACAUUACACCAUUGCUCUCAUCAAUAUUCAGUAAUACUGAAUUGCUUGAAUGUGAAUGCACAUUUACUAGUAGCGAAUUUAAACCACCAAGAAAUAAAGGUCAAAGGUUAUGGGGUGAUCUAGUUAAAUUAGGAAAUGAAAUGAAGGAUGUGAUUGAUAAAAUUAUAGAAGAUGAUGGUGUAGAUGGAAAUGUGGCAGUGUGUGGUGUCAUAGUCCAAGGCAAAUAUUUAAUUGUAGGUCAUUUCUUUUCAAUUUCAGGAAUGCACCUAAUCUGA